AUGGAUUUCGAAGACAAUAACCCACUCUCAGCUAUUGAUGGUACUGAGCAGCCGGAAAUGUCUGUAACAAAGCCCAAGCAGGAGGUAAAGGUACUCAAGUCGCUCGAGAACCAAGAGAUCACCAUCACAGAUGCCGGGAAGAGUCGCGAGGGCACUAAACGCGGUCACAUAACCUACACUAUCAGCGUUGGUGGAGUCAAUGUUCGCCGAAGAUAUUCUGAAUUCGAGAGCUUGUUUCUGAAUCUUCGUCGUCUGCUUCCGACGGUAGUUGUACCGCCCAUUCCAGAAAAGCACAGCCUCACCGCGUAUGCCGCAAACCCGUCACACGCGCAUGAAGAUGCAAAGAUUAUCGAACAUCGACGGCGCAUGCUCACGGUCUUUCUGAAACGUUGUUUAGAAAUACCCGUUAUUCGCGACUCCUAUUUGAUGGAACGUUUCUUGGACCCGAACACAAGCUGGAACGAAGUUUUGACCUGUGAGUACCUUGCGAAUCUGCCCAAGAGUUCGCUUCAAGCGCCUCCUUUAGAUGCAACCAAUCCCACACCGGCACAUGCGUAUCUUCCUAUUCCUCCAUCUGGGGCCAAGCUCCGUUCAGAGACUGACCCGUUGUUCAAGGACAUUGAAGACAGUGCCAAGGAGUACGAGGCGGUCAUUGGCAACGGGCUGGACAAGGCUGCUCGUCGUAUCAAUAGCCAAUACACAAACUUUGCCAAAGAUUGUGCCGAUCUUGGUGGCCAGUUCAAUGCAUUCAGCCUGGAAAGCCAGGGAGACUUGGCCACUGCCGUUGAAAAGGUUGGCCAGGCUCUUGACACUGGAUACCUCUCGACCGAUCUUGCGCUCAAGGACUCAUUGACAAUAGAGUUCAGUGAGCCCCUAGCAGAGAGUGUGCAAUUGGCCGCAACUGCGCGUCAAGUUCUCAAAUACCGACGAUACCGUGCUCUUCAAGUGGAAAUGGUUGAAAAGGCCAUGGCGAGCAAGCGGGCCGCUCUGCAGCAACUCGAGCACGCAGAAGUUGAAGCACAGAAAAUCAAUGAUUUCUUGAAUGCGGAUGAACGUAUAAACAAUGCAUUAACUGGCUCUUCAUUGGGCCCUGUUUCUUCCAACGACGUGACCCUGGCUAUUGCUGAAGCGUCGGGCUCUGACCACUCCACAGCGGGCUCCUCUGUUGACGGGUUUUCGCUCAAAGAUGAUAGCAUAGGUGGAUCGUCGGACACUGCAUCAAUUGAUAGCAACGAUAAAGGUGAUGUCCAGCCCGCAGAGAGAAGGUACUCUUCGGUGACCAAAGGAUUCCGACUUCCCGGCCUGGCCUCUAUCAACAAUGCAUUACACGGUAUGAUAGAUACUGACCCAGAAACCACCCGGCGAAACAAUAUAACCCGUACACGGGAACAGCUCGCCAAUCUUGAGGGUGCCCUAGAAAUUGCAAAGCAAGAUAGCGCAGUAACAUCAGAAGCGGUGAAGGAGGAAAUUGAAAGGUACAAGAAGGUGAAAGAUCAAGAUCUAACUCAGUUGGUCAGAGCCUUUGUUCGCUGUCAUAUUGAGUGGGCAGAGAAGAACCAAGCGGCUUGGGAAGAAGCAUACGCUGUCGUUACAGGCGAGCAACUUCCUCGUAAUUAA